CUUUGCCUUUUGUGGUAGUUGAAGUUGUUGAAAGCAGCAGCAGGAAUGUUCCAGAAGGUCUGAGAUAUGAAGCAGGCUCAGGCUGAAUGAUAAACGAAGAGAGGACCACUACGAGAGAACCUUUGGGGCAUGAUGGACGAGGACUUUGAGCACCGCAUGGAGCUGAGGAGGCAGAGGAGGGAGCAGAUGCGCCUGGACUCUGAGAAGAUGGCCUACACCAACGAGGACGACGACGAGGCCGCCCGGGAGCAACGGCGACGUGCCAGGGAGGAGAGGAAGAAGAUGAAAGAAGUGGAAGAUUCCGGAAGCAGCGAAGUGCUGGACACCAACAACAUCAACAUGGCCGACGACGACCAGGCUCUGCUGGAGCGCCUGGCCAAGAGGGAGGAGCGUCGGCAGAAGAGGACGCAGGAGGCCAUCGAGAGACAGAAGGAGUUGGACCCCGGCUUUGGUGCUGCCAACGGCAUGGACCACUUGGUCCAGGAGGAGCGGGAGACAUCAGUCCAGGAGGAGCGGGAGACAUCAGUCCAGGUGGAGCGGGAGACAUCGGUCCAGGAGGGCGUGACUGAAGCCAACUCUUGGAAUGCAGAAGAAGACUCAAAGAAUGAAGAAGUGAAGGACCACAGCAAGGAGGAAGAGGAGCGACAGCAGAGAGAGAUGGAAGAAAAGCAGAGGAUGGAGGAGGAAGAGAGGUGGCAAAAAGAGGAGGAUAGGAAGAAGAGAGAGGAGGAUGAAAAACAACAAAGGGAAAGGUUGAAGGAAGAAAGGCUGCAAAGGGAAAUGGAAGACAGGAGGAAAGAAGAGGAAGAAGAAGAGAAGCAGGCACUGGAGGAGAGACGCAGGAAAGAGGAGGAAGAGGAAGAGGAACGAAAGAAGGAGAUGGAGGAGAGACUCAGAACAGAAGAGGCGGAAAAAGGCAAAAGAGAGCUGGAAGCAAAGAAGAGAAAAGAGGAGGAAAAGCAUCAGAAAGAAUUGGAGAAGAAGAAGAAAAAGGAGGAGGAGGAAAAGCAGAAGAGAGAGCUGGACGAGAAGAAGAAAAAGGAAGAAGUUGAAAAGCGCAAAAAAAAAGAGAUGGAGGACAAGAAGAAGAAAGAUGAGGAGGAGAAGAAGAAGAGAUCGGUCCUGAAAGAAAAGAAGGAGGCAGCCCUCGCUGAGAACAAAGUGAAGAAAGCAGACAAGCCAUCAAGGGACGACGACGAGUCGCAAGAGCGGGAGCGCCUGGAGGCCGAGCGCAAGCUGCAGGAGCUCCAGCGGCGGAGAAACCACGCCGAGAGCGAAGAGAUGGAGAAGAUGAAGCAGAAGCAGCAGGACGCCGAGGCCGAGCUGGAGGAGCUGAAGAGGAAGCGGGAGGAGAGGAGGACGGUCCUGGAGGAGGAGGAGCGGCGGAGGAAGCGAGACCUGGAGGACAAGAAGAGUCGAGAACAGGAGGAGAGGAAGAGGAUGAGGGAGGAGAUAGAGAAGAGGAGGGCGGAGGCUGCGGAGAAGAAGAAGCAGCUGGAGCAAGAACCCGUCAAGACCUCCUUCUCCAUCAGCCCUAAAGGCUCAUCCAAGAUCGGGGAGAAAGCGGAAUUCUUGAGCAAAUCGGCUCAGAAGAGCGUCAGAUCCUCACACUCCCCAAUGGUCUCCAAGAUCGGCGGCAGACUAGAACAAUACGCAUCCGCCAUCCAGGGGAACAAGGAGGUCAAAUCCCCCCGGCCCCCCAUGGCCGACAUCCCGUCAGGGGGCACGCGCAGCAUCAAGAGCAUGUGGGAGAGCGCCAACGUCUCCCAGGUGUCUGCCAACAAGGACCCGGUGUCCGCUCAAGGAGGGCCGCUCAGCGGCGCCAGCAGCAAGACGGCCAAGCCUGCAGAGGCCCAGAAGGCACCGGUUGCCAUGCCGACGACAACAAAGCCUGCAGAAGUGAAUAAACAAAGUGACGUUGGCAACAAGCGCAACAUGUGGGAAACCAAGAAGAGCUCCACGCCUGCCAAGGUGUCAGUUGGAUUCAAGAACAAGUUUGGCAACUGAAACCUCGCCAGCUCCGUGACGUCACAUGACCAGGAUGAAGACAUCCAGCAGGCUUCAGAUCCUCACCUCGCAUGUUUUAAAGGCCGAUCAGUCCUCAAUUGGAGCUGAAAUGUCCCAGUUUUGUGUUUGCUUUUGUGCUUUCAUCGCCGCACACUCGGUGAUGCAAUAACAUAUAAUAUGAUAUUUUCUUUUCUCUUACUGGCACGUUUAUGUUGUUAAAGCUCAUCGACACAAAGUGGAUGUAUCAGUAUUCUAUAUUUGUUGCCAAAAGCAUCAGUUUUACUGUCAUUGAUGGACCAAUACAGUAGGAACCAAAAGGAGGAACGUCACUGCAAAUAGUCAACAAGCCAGCAUUUACUUUCACUUUUCAAAUCUUCAGACAUUUUCUGCAAAAACAUACAUGAUGUGGCAAUGAUGUCACCACAUGUCGUCCAAUCAGAGGGCUGUCAAUCAUCUGUCACGUUUGUUUGCACCAGACCUUCUCAAACCUUUGCUCACCACCUCAGAAAACACCUCCAUGUACCACCUUAAUGACAAUAUUAAAUACAGUAGUGCAGUAGACCUAAGUAUUCAUUAAGUACCACCUUAAUGACAACAUUAAAUACAGUAGUGUAGUAGACCUAAGUAUUCAUUAAGUACCACCAUCAUGACAACAUUAAAUACUGUAGUGUAGUAGACCUAAGUAUUCAUUAAGUACCACCAUCAUGACAACAUUAAAUACAGUAGUGUAGUAGACCUAAGUAUUCAUUAAGUACCACCAUCAUGACAACAUUAAAUACAGUAGUGUAGUAGACCUAAGUAUUCAUUAAGUACCACCAUAAUGACAACAUUAAAUACAGUAGUGUAGUAGACCUAAGUAUUCAUUAAGUACCACCAUCAUGACAACAUUAAAUACAGUAGUGUAGUAGACCUAAGUAUUCAUUAAGUACCACCAUCAUGACAACAUUAAAUACAGUAGUGUAGUAGACCUAAGUAUUCAUUAAGUACCACCAUAAUGACAACAUUAAAUACAGUAGUGUAGUAGACCUAAGUAUUCAUUAAAUACCACCAUAAUGACAACAUUAAAUACAGUAGUGUAGUAGACCUAAGUAUUCAUUAAGUACCACCAUAAUGACAACAUUAAAUACAGUAGUGUAGUAGACCUAAGUAUUCAUUAAAUACCACCAUCAUGACAACAUUAAAUACAGUAGUGUAGUAGACCUAAGUAUUCAUUAAGUACCACCAUAAUAACAACAUUAAAUACAGUAGUGUAGUAAACCUAAGUAUUCAUUAAGUACCACCAUCAUGACAACAUUAAAUACAGUAGUGUAGUAGACCUAAGUAUUCAUUAAGUACCACCAUCAUGACAUCAUUAAAUACAGUAGUGUACUAGACCUAAGUAUUCAUUAAGUACCACCAUAGUGACAACAUUAAAUACAGUAGUGUAGUAGACCUAAGUAUUCAUUAAGUACCACCAUGAUGACAACAUUAAAUACAGUAGUGUAGUAGACCUAAGUAUUCAUUAAGUACCACCUUAAUGACAACAUUAAAUACAGUAGUGUAGUAGACCUAAGUAUUCAUUAAGUACCACCAUCAUGACAACAUUAAAUACAGUAGUGUAGUAGACCUAAGUAUUCAUUAAGUACCACCUUAAUGACAACAUUAAAUACAGUAGCGUAGUAGACCUAAGUAUUCAUUAAGUACCACCAUAAUGACAACAUUAAAUACAGUAGUGUAGUAGGCCUAAGUAUUCAUUAAGUACCACCAUCAUGACAACAUUAAAUACAGUAGUGUAGUAGACCUAAGUAUUCAUUAAGUACCACCAUAAUGACAACAUUAAAUACAGUAGUGUAGUAGACCUAAGUAUUCAUUAAGUACCACCAUCAUGACAACAUUAAAUACAGUAGUGUAGUAGACCUAAGUAUUCAUUAAGUACCACCAUAAUGACAACAUUAAAUACAGUAGUGUAGUAGACCUAAGUAUUCAUUAAGUACCACCAUAAUGACAACAUUAAAUACAGUAGUGUAGUAGACCUAAGUAUUCAUUAAGUACCACCAUAAUGACAACAUUAAAUACAGUAGUGUAGUAGACCUAAGUAUUCAUUAAGUACCACCAUCAUGACAACAUUAAAUACAGUAGUGUAGUAGACCUAAGUAUUCAUUAAGUACCACCAUAAUGACAACAUUAAAUACAGCAGUGUAGUAGACCUAAGUAUUCAUUAAGUACCACCAUAAUGACAACAUUAAAUACAGUAGUGUAGUAGACCUAAGUAUUCAUUAAGUACCACCAUAAUGACAACAUUAAAUACAGUAGUGUAGUAGACCUAAGUAUUCAUUAAGUACCACCAUAAUGACAACAUUAAAUACAGUAGUGUAGUAGACCUAAGUAUUCAUUAAGUACCACCAUCAUGACAACAUUAAAUACAGUAGUGUAGUAGACCUAAGUAUUCAUUAAAUACCACCAUCAUGACAACAUUAAAUACAGUAGUGUAGUAGACCUAAGUAUUCAUUAAGUACCACCAUCAUGACAUCAUUAAAUACAGUAGUGUAGUAGACCUAAGUAUUCAUCAAGUACCACCUUAAUGACAACAUUAAAUACAGUAGUGUAGUAGGCCUAAGUAUUCAUUAAGUACCACCAUAAUGACAACAUUAAAUACAGUAGCGUAGUAGACCUAAGUAUUCAUUAAGUACCACCAUAAUGACAACAUUAAAUACAGUAGUGUAGUAGGUCUAAGUAUUCAUUACGUACCACCAUGAUGACAACAUUAAAUACAGUAGUGUAGUAGACCUAAGUAUUCAUUAAGUACCACCAUGAUGACAACAUUAAAUACAGUAGUGUAGUAGACCUAAGUAUUCAUUAAGCACCACCAUAAUGACAACAUUAAAUACAGUAGUGUAGUAGACCUAAGUAUUCAUUAAGUACCACCAUCAUGACAACAUUAAAUACAGUAGCGUAGUAGGCCCAAGUAUUCAUUAAAAACAAGGCAGAGGUUUUAUUUAACAAGUAUAUUUCAUAGUGUUGGCCACUGUCACGUCACACACAGUUUGAACAGUAACACUGUGUUGGAAUAAAGGAAAAUACAACACCGUACUUUAAUCAAGUGAUUCUCUAGUGUACCACUAGGAGGAGCCCACGUACCAGUUUGAGAAUGUCUGGUUCAGACAGUAAUAUGAAGUCAACAAGUGCAUUCAAUUGUGUGAUUGUGCACUGCUAGUGUGUCCAUGAUGAUGUUUACAUUGACACUUGUGUCUGUAGGUGAUGAUGUCAUGUACUAAGUGCAUGAUGUCAUGUACUAAGUGCAUGAUGUCAUGUACUAAGUGCAUGAUGUCAUGUUCUAAGUAAUGAUGUCAUGUUCUAAGUGCAUGAUGUCAUGUUCUAAGUGCAUGAUGUCAUGUUCUAAGUGCAUGAUGUCAUGUUCUAAGUGCAUGAUGUCAUGUUUUAAAUGCAUGUUGUCAUGUUUGAUGCACAUGAACACAAGUCAUAAAAACUUGACUUUUUCCACACUUUUUUGGUCUUUUGUAGCAACGAAAAUGUACGCCACUGAAAUAUUUCAGCUAAAGUUGAACCUCGAUUUUGUCACGCCCCACUUGUCGGGUGGUUGGGAUUUUAAGGAAAAAAGUGUUUGCCGCAGUUUUGGUGUGGCCUCUCCGUCAUGGUACGACCAAGUUUUAGUCAAGGUUGUUUUCCAUUUCCUGAUGGAAGUUACACAAAUACACAAGUUUGUUCCACCUGGAUCGUGCACACACUGCAGCUGUCAAUCUUUGGGCAACACACCUUUGCAUUAUUGGGGGUAACGAUUCCAUUCACAUUCUAUUAUCGAUUUAAAACAAUUCUCGAUUCAAAAUCCAUAUUUUUUAAUAACUUUGGCUGCUAGUUCUAUGAUGAACUACAUUCCUACAUAAGACAGAUAAACUGUGAUACAGUUCUAU